AUCUGACAGUGCUCUCAAUCAUAUGUCAUAACAAAUUCUAACCUCAAACUACCCAAAACAGCAAUAAAUAGAAACCAAAGAAAAUAGCUAUUUUUCAGACAAAAUGUCUGCAAAGAAUAUGUUUUUGAAGCCUGGCUUCGUCCGGGCGCCCUUGCAGAAUGGUGUCGGCCGAUAUGUCUGUCAAUUACAACGAAUUGUGUUCAAAUUCUGUAAAAGCAGCGGCGGGAGCCGAGGGAUGAGAGAUUUCAUAGAACAAGACCUGGUGGACUUCGCGAAGGUGAACCCUGGUGUGGUGGUGUACUUGAAGCCACGGAGACACCGCUCCCCUGUUGUGGUCGCUGAGUAUUUAAACGGCGACCGUGUCUGGAUGUCAUGUCACAACAAAACUCACGAAGAAAUAACAAAAUGGAUCGAAGUCUGCCGCACACAGCAAGGCAACAACGCAGACACAAGACUUCGAAAAUACCAGUAUACUGACCACCCAUCCAUCCAAGGACCUUGGACUCCCUUCACAUUCAAAGACCCUGAAUUAAAUACCACAGUUCUGCCGAAUACCAAGUUUGGUGCUAACAACAGGCUGCCAAUAUCAGCUACGGAACAGCUUCGGUUGAUGUUUGAGAAGCAAAAGUUGUACGAAGGAGAUGAGAUCAAGACAGCGGAGUAGUGUUUGUGUAAAUUGUAAUUGUUAGAUAGUAUUAAAGUUGUUAGUAAGUUU